AUGAAAUUUAUUCAAAAUGAAAUCUCACAAAUCGAUUCUACAUCGAUCAAAUGCGUCUGUGCUAUAAAUCCGAAUUGUAUACGUCCAGCCAUUAUCGUAUCCCCUGGUAUAUACUACAAAGUGUUUGACAAUCUCACUUAUAACGUGCCCGGUUGGAUUCGCGCCUGCCAAGUUAUUGAUUCUCUUUUACUGUCGACACUUGAAUGGUUAUAUAUUGAUUCAGUGUCGUUUCCGUUUUUUAUGUAUGCUCUGGGCGUUAUGAAUAAACAGUACGUUAGUGUUAUAAAAAGUCCAUUAGAUAAUAAGCCUAUCGUUUACAAUUCAUCAAUGAGCCGUUUUCCUCCCAACACAUCGAAUUCAAUAAUCGUGAAAGAAAUUAUGGUUGAACAAUGGAAUCACUCUUUAUCGUAUCAACGCUUUUAUGAAACUUGUGCACCAAUGUAUUGUUCUUAUCCUAAAACUAUUCGCAAGAACUCUUUUAUUGAAGUGAUCAUAACAAUAAUGUCGAUGAUGGGUGGUAUCGUGGCCUCAUUGCGAAUUUUAACACCUCCUAUUGUCAAACUCAUUCUGAGAUUGGUGACGCGAGCCAACCAAAAUCCAAGAGAAAUAGAACAAGGUAAUAGUAUAUUUGCUCAAAUUCAAUAUAAUUGUAGUCUAACCUAA